GUGUCUGGCAGAUAUCCUAGAACUUUACUCAGAGAGAAGAUGCUCCGAGACACCAUGAAGUCUUGGAAUGAUAGCCAGUCAGAUCUCUGCAGCAGCGACCAGGAAGAGGAAGAGGAGAUGGUCUUUGGUGAAAAUGAAGACGAAUUGGAAGAGAUGAUGGAUCUAAGUGACCUGCCCACCUCACUUUUUGCUUGCAGUGUCCACGAAGCGGUGUUUGAGGUCCAAGAGCAGAAGGAGAGGUUUGAAGCUCUGUUCACCCUCUAUGAUGACCAGGUCACGUUCCAGUUGUUCAAGAGUUUUCGCAGAGUGAGAAUCAACUUCAGCAAGCCUGAGGCUGCAGCGAGAGCUCGCAUAGAGCUCCACGAGAGUGACUUCCACGGCCAGAAGCUGAAGCUUUACUUCGCACAGGUGCAGGUGUCCGGGGAGGCUCGGGACAAGUCUUACUUACUGCCGCCGCAGCCCACCAAGCAGUUCCUCAUCUCUCCUCCAGCCUCCCCACCGGUGGGGUGGAAACAGAGUGAAGAUGCAAUGCCUGUGAUCAACUAUGACUUACUCUGUGCUGUCUCCAAGCUGGGGCCAGGAGAGAAAUACGAACUGCAUGCAGGAACCGAGUCCACCCCCAGCGUGGUUGUGCACGUCUGUGAAAGUGAAACUGAAGAGGAAGAAGACACAAAAAACCCAAAACAAAAAAUCACUCAGACUCGGCGCCCGGAAGCUCCCACGGCCGCGCUGAGUGAGCAGCUGGACUGUGCGCUCUGAGCGCAGCCCCUGCACUAUGCCUCCUGCUGCUGCUGCUGCUGCUCCUGCACAGCCAGGACAUGCUGCUGCAUCCAUCUGGCAGCCCGGCCAGCCUUGCCAGGCCAGAGCAUCGGGUGAGGCAGCAGAUGUAGCCAGCUGUUUGAAA